CAGUGCUCGGGUGGAACUGCAGAGCCCAGUAGCAGAAGCUGCCUUUAGAUAAGCUUAGGUUGGGUUUUUUUUGUUUUGUUUUCAAGAGAUUCUAUAGGAAUUAUCACAAUAGCUAAUUGUUUGCCUUUACUUCAUAUCACUGCAUAUCAAGGUGUGUAAUUGAACGCAUUUAAUUAACGUUUUUGAGUGUUCUACCAGAUUAAAUUGCAGUGUAGUUAAUUAGGCACCAAACUGCUAGAACAGAUUAGUCCUGGCUUGUCCCUUGUCCCUUAAAGUGCAUCCAGCUCUCGGAAUGAUCUCUCAGGGGUGCACUGGCCGGAUCCUGUUGUCCCUGUAUGUGGCUGUGGGCAUAGGUCUGGCUGGGGCUGCCUCCCAGGACUCGCAACAGGUGGAGCACAGAUUCAUACACUCACUCCUGGAGCUUUAUGGAGCGAAUGGGUCGCUGAGCGUCGGUAAUGUGAGCAAACUAAUGGACAUCUGUGGGAACCGUGCAGAGAUACUGAGCCAGCAGCAUGAGAGCUACACCAACCAGUGUUUAUCAAGUGAGGAGAUCUUUUCUAUGUAUGGCCUGAAUAAUGGAAGCCAAAUUACUGAAACGAAUUUUAGCGCAUACUGUCCUGCUAUAUUACAUCAAGUAUUUCUUCACCCAUGUGAUCGUACAUCAGAGGACACUAGCAUACCCAGGCCAAGCCCUACACAAGUUUGGGGAUUCGGCUUCCUGUCAGUGACGCUUAUUAACUUGACUUCAUUGCUUGGAUUAUUCAUAACACCUUUGGUUAAGAAGCCAUACUUUCAAAAAAUAUUGACCUAUUUUGUAGGUUUAGCCAUUGGGAGCCUUUUUUCAAAUGCCAUUUUUCAACUUAUUCCAGAGGCUUUUGGUUUUGAUCCAAAAAUUGAUAACUAUGUUCCAAAAGCAGUGGCUAUUUUUGGAGGCUUCUACAUUUUGCUGUUUGUAGAAAGAAUGCUGAAAAUGAUACUGAAGAUCUAUGGUCAAGAUCCUCAUAAUCAUUUAGAAAUUGAGCAACAUAUCCCAAAUGAAAUCACCACAGGCUAUCAAAUAUCUAAAGUCACAAACGGCACAACAAUGCAUGUGAAUUCAGCAGUAACAGAUAUAAAGGAUUCUGACACUCCUGAUAAUAUCAGCGUGGUUUCAUCACAGAAGGCAAGUUGCUGGAAGACCUGGAAGUGGACACCCAUGAGAGAAAUUGGAACGUUAGCCUGGAUGAUUACAUUGAGUGAUGCUCUGCACAACUUUAUUGAUGGACUUGCUAUUGGUGCUUCAUUUACUUUGUCCCCUUUGCAAGGGCUGAGUACAUCUAUUGCUAUUUUGUGUGAAGAGUUUCCUCAUGAGUUUGGUGAUUUUGCAAUUUUGCUUAAUGCUGGUAUGAAAAUCCCCCAAGCUCUUUUUUUCAACUUUUUAUCAGCUUGUUCAUGUUACAUUGGUCUGAUAUUUGGAAUUUUGGUUGGCAACAAUUUUGAGCCCAGCAUCAUCUUUGCUAUAGCUGGAGGCAUGUUUCUGUAUAUUGGACUGGCUGAUAUGUUUCCAGAGAUGAAUGAUAUGCUCAAAGACAAGAUAAAUGGAAGAAAAUCGGAUAUGAUUUUCUUCUUGAUUCAGAAUGCUGGACUGCUGUCUGGAUUUACGAUUAUCCUACUAAUUACAUUGUACGCAAGUGAAAUCACAUUGGAUUGAAAAAUGAUGUCAUAUGAUCAGACAAUAACUUUUUUUUCUUGAACAAAUGAACUUUUCCCUUUUGUUUCUUCAAACCUCAAGAAAUUAUUUUCUAAUGCACUCUUGAAUGAAAAGACUUUGGAAUCAAGAAGAGGACUAUGAAAUGCUGCUAUGUUUAAAAAUUUCUUUUUGUUGUUGUUUUAUUAUUGAAUGCACCAGGUUUUACCUGUACAGUGUUAUAGUGAGCCAUUGGUGUUACAAUAUACGAUACAUACAGGCAGCUACUUAGCUAUUAUUUCAUGUAAUCGUGUACAAACAAAGAGCUCAUAUUUAAAUCAAAA